UCGUUAGUUUAUUUAUGGAUUGUCUGUAUGGAUCAAUACAUUGCAGCUUAAAGGAUUAUUGUUGGUGUUAAAUGUGCCAUUUAUUGGAAAAUCAUCACUCAAGUAAAUAGACUAACCGUUGUGUUGUUUAUGGAUUAACAGAAGUAUUUGGUGGACAAUAAAACAGUGGAUUAAUGUGGACAAGAUUACAGGAUUAACAAGGAGUAAUUAUCACCUGUAUUGAUUAAAGUUUGUUGAGGUGGUAUUAAGGACGCGAUAACUCCAGUAUUAGUUGACUUUUUAACAGCACGUGAGAGGAGAUGGCAAUUAUUAAAAUGCACCAGUUAUUAAUUUUCAGUAUUAUGUUUUGUAUAUCUUAUGGACAAAAUAAUAGACUUCUACCUCCAAAGAUUACAGAACCUGAUGUCGAGAAAACAAUAUAUUACAAAGCCCAGGAUGAAGUGAUAUUAGUAUGUCAAGCAGAAGCAAAUCCUCAAGCUCAAUAUGAAUGGAUGAAAGAUGAUCAGACUAUAGUCAGUGACUAUAUAAAACAAGAUCCAAUUACUGGUGAACUGCAGAUAGCCUCUUUAUCUCGCAGAGAGAUAGGAAAAUACCAAUGUUUCGCUUCUAAUCAAAUUGGAACUAAAACAAUAAAAUCCAUGUCACCCGUCAUAACAGUCGACUUGGCAUAUCUAAACAGUUGGGUGGACACAGGUCUGCCUCCUCCAAGGAUACAAGCAACAGAAGGGGAAGCAGUUCAGCUGACAUGUGACGAUGUACCUUUAUGUAAUCCGCCUGGGCAGUUUAAAUGGUAUAAAGGUAACGACGAAAGUAGCGAAGUUGUACAGGAUGACAGAAUAGCUAUAGAUGCAGAGGGAACUCUUCAUUUCGUCUACGUAACAAAAGCUGAUGAAUUAAGUGGAUUAAAUUAUCAAUGUGCCAUUUUUAAUCGUCAUCUUAAUUCCAUUAAUUUAGGCAGUGGGAAGAUUUUAGAGAUUACGAAACUAAAUCCAAUUCCAGAUAGAGCACCCAGUGUGUUAUAUAGCAAACCAAAUCAGAAAGCUCUUAUUGGACAUUAUGUUGACAUACAAUGUAUCUUUGGUGGCAAGCCGAUACCAUCUAUAUCGUGGAAAAACAAUGAGUUACAAGCAAUUACAAGUAACUCUGAUAAAUAUGAAUUUAUCGACACUUCACGACGAAUUUUACGAGUUAAAAAUAUCCAGGAGUCAGACGAAGGAACUUUCACUUGUGAAGGUGCAAAUACUCAAACCAAUACAGCAACAACAGCUCUUAAUGUCACAUCUCGUCCUAUCUGGGAAAAGUCCUUAUCGUCAAUUACUGUUGCAGCAACAAGAGAUGCUAGUAUGACCUGUCAAGCAAAAUCAGUAAUAAGGGAGAAUCCACCAGGACCCCCAGAAUGGUUUGAAAAUGGAGCCCCCAUUCCAAACGAUAAAUUUGACAGUGGUAAAUAUGUGUUCAGUAAUGAUAAACAGAUAUUGAUGGUGACAAAUCUUGUAAAACCAGAUGAUACUACAUGCUUCCAGUGUAAAGUUAGCAACUCGGAGGGUUUUCGAUUUGCUGAUGGAUGUCUGGAUGUCAUAGAACCCAUUGUGAUUACAUCAAGACCUCCAGCUGUUCAGGAGAUAUUGAAAGGUGAUAUCGUCAAUUUGACUGUUAUGGCCCAGACUAACUCUCCAUGGCCGAUUCAGUAUAAAUGGUUCUUUAACAAUCAGACUUAUGAUGAUAAGCCACCUUUUGUUACUUACAAUGAAACAUCUAAAUUCGCAUACAUCAACACAGAGGAUUUAUCGUUUGAGGAUUAUCGUACUAUUAAUGGAACGUACAUACGGAUGGUGUAUAAUGUACAUGAAAAAAUCAAUGUUACAAUUCAAGUUAUCUUGAAAGAAGUUGGAAUUGUUGGGCCAGCUACUGCUGCUGCUCCUGAUCUGUGGUGGAUAGCAUUAAUUAUUGGUAUAUUAUUACUGGUGUGUGUUAUAGUUAUUAUCUGUGUUGUCUGUCGACGUAAAGCUCAGGAAGGUGUUUAUCCAUUGGAUAAGAAAGAAAGAGACAACGAUUUAGAUCCAGAGAAAGAUUUAGCUGAUAGUGGAUUCCAUGAUCUAUCUCGAGCUGAUGAUAAUGGUAUGGAAAAGAAGGGAUCUCCAUUACAAUUCACCGAAGAACCUUUAAGUUACGAAGAUGAGGACAGUCUCGCAGAAUAUGGUGAUGGAGAGGAUAUGGGAAAAUUUAAUGAAGACGGUUCUUUCAUUGGUGUGUAUAUGGACAAGAAACCACCAGCGCCACCUGUGCGGAACGGAAACGAAACCCAGAUUUAAUCGAACCUCAGUGCUAUAGACUAUAAUGUUAUUAUAUACCAUGACCUUAUGACCUUCAUUCAAUCGCUGCCUUGCUCAUUUCUAUAUAUGAAUCAAAUGUUGAUGACAUCAAAUCAUUUGUAGGAUAUUGAUUAAAUAUUGGAAACAUUAACAAUGGAAAUAUUAUGUGGAAAAAGGGGCUCAGUCUAUUCCUUUUCAAAAUGGACUGAUCUUAAAGAACAUCUGGCUGAUAUUUGCUGAAUUAAUUGGUUGCUUAUCAGUUAAAAAUAUCCAAAAUACUUGAUGUAUCGGUGAUACAAACAACCAGUAUUAAUUGUUUUCCAUGGUUUGUUUAUCUAUAUCUUUAAUAAAGAUUGAUUGCUGCACGUACAGCCUGUAAUAAAUUGAUGGUAAAAUAUAGACAAUUAGUUCAUAUGAUAUAUUUGUUGUAUUUUGACAUGUUGCCAUGUGAUAUGUAACAUGUUGUAAUAGUAUGCCACUUUAUGCAGUGACAUGAGAUGAUAUAGUCAUACUAUGUUGUGAGAUAAAUGUCAUAGGUGCAUGACAUGUCAUCCUAUACUGUAUCAUGAUGCUACUGUUCUUGUGACAUGUCAUGUGACAUCAUAUUGUCAUUUAAACGUUGUGAAAUUAGAAUUUGUAUCACAUGCUGUUUAAACUUUAAUUGUGACUUUAGAUCAUGACAUAGAAAAUAUGUUGUGGUUAGAAUUUUAUUUUUUUUGUGAAUUAAUAUAAGUACAUGUAUAUUUUAUUUGUAUAUUAAAGAAUUUUAAAAUUUGAAUUUCGGUGUGAAAUAUAAUAUAUAUUUGAUAAUUUUUCUUGGAAUGAAUUAACUGUGUAUGUAAUAAUUUCUUCUAUAAAUCCGCUACUGAAUUAAUAUUUAUUUAAAAGUAUAAAUUUUAAUUUAAAUUGAGAAAAAGAAAAGAUGUUUGAUACACAAGAGAAGAAUAAAAUUUGUUUUACUAGGAAUUGCUCAAAUAUUUUGACUAGCUGCAACUACAUAAUAGGAGAAAAAACAUAAUUCUGUACAUGAAAAGAAGAUUCAGAAUUGUUGCAAAAUUUAAUGUUAAUUUUUACUGUGAAUAAUAAUAUAUUUCAAACAAAAUCAUUUUCCUGAAUAUUUGAUUCAAGAUAUCUGAGCAUUUACUAGUUAGUAGAAAGGGGUUAUUUAUUUUUAUAAUGUAAAGAUUAAGAAAAGACAAAGUUUGCAAUUUUUAGUUGACUAGUCAGUUUGAAAUCAUCCACAAUCAAAUUAAGAUAUUGUAUUAUUUUGUGUUGAAUAAAACCCAGUCAAUUACUAAUAUUAGUCUGAAAAGUUCAAAUUAAGAAUUUUACAAUUAUGUGUAAUAUCUAUCAUACUGUAUGGUUGAGUAUACAUGGUAGUCACUGAUAUUGUGUCGAGUACAGUCCAUUGUGGCCUUCACCUUAGUUUACUACUAAGUUAGUUUCUUUGGCUCAUUCUGUAGCAUAUUGGAUAAGCAAGACACCUGUCAAAUUUAUUUUGCAUUAUCUCAAUUUAUAGAUCUAAUUUUAAGUGUUUUACACAUAAAAAAACCUAUAAAUUUUACUGCAUUUAUUGUGUUUAAGAUUAAAUUCUAUGAAAGGAGAGAUCUGGUAAGGAUUUCAAACUACUGAUUUGGUGUUUUGACUUGGUCAUCCAGUAAUACAACAAAUAUAGCUUCAUAAAGGAUUAGCUACAUCAAGUCACUCAUAUGAUUUACAUAAUUAGUAGUCACCUUAGAAUAUAUCUAGUAUGUUAUUAAAUCCCAUUAAGAAAGAAUAAAUUUUGGUUGGUCAUAUUGGUAAAACAAAUUGCUGUGGUAUAGAUUAUAAAUUUGUAAGAGAAACAAAAAGUGUGAAUGUUUUAGUUGUGUUGUAUUAGUGCUAUUUUCAUUUGCCGAAACUUUCCUUUAGCUCAGAUUUAGAUUUAGUGUAUUUGUUUAUGACAACUUGUUAACCACGAUUUUUUGUCUUAAUAUGGAAAUAGUUUGCUAGAUCAGUAGAUAGUCAUAAUUUCAUGUAUUCUGGGCUAUAAAUAUAUUUUGAUAAAGAAAAAAUAGAUUGUCAAUCUUUGAAAAAUAUCGAUAGUCUUAAAUACAGUAGCUUAGAGAUCAUCCUAUAUGCUAUAAAAUUGAUUUGAUCACGAUAAAAAUAGAUAAAAAACAAUCCUCUAUUCAGAAAAAGAAUUAAAUAAGAAAAUAGUGUGUAACUUGUACACAUUGACCAUCAGACAUUUUUUAACAUCAGCAGACUCAGCGCUUUGUUCAGAUUCAACUGCUAUGCUUUAAUAACAUUACCAAACUGAGCAAAAACUUGCAUUGUAUGUGUUUGGCUUUAGUAUAUGAAAUAACAUUAUCAACAAAAAUCUUGUGUGUCGACUUGAGUAUAAAUGUAAUUAUUUUGUUUGUAAAGUUUUGUAUCUUAAAAAUGAGCUCAUUAUACGAUCGAAAUUGCAAAUGUAACAUCAAUUUUUUACGCAACAUGUCGCUCAUCUGUUUAUUGACAUCUAUUUUCACUUUAAUCAGAUCUAUCUAACUUAGUUAACAUUAUUUCAAGUUUCAAUUUCAUGGCCAACAUUUCCUUUAUUCAAUUUUCAUUGAUUUACAUAUUUUUGUAACUAUGUUGAAUUCAGUUUCUUGCGAUAUCAUGUGCCACAAAUUUGAAUAAAGGCACCUUUAUCAACAUAUAUAAAAACGUAUGAUUAUGGAGUCAUAAGGAUGCCAAAGUGUGAAAAUUGUACUGCUAAGUUCCAUUACAAUUUAUACAUUUUGACCUAUACUUCAUCUCAUAAAGACUGUUUUUAUAUGUUGAUAAAUUAUAGUAUAUAAUAGAAUGAAUAUAUAUUCUUGUAUAUAGUGUAUAUAAAUUUAGCGAUUCAGAAUUUUCCACCAUUUUUGUCUGCAUCAAAUAGUUUUACUUUGGUGUAGAAAACUUGGUUGAGAAUUUUGCAAUUGCAUUUGUUAUUCCACAAACGACUAAUAGUAUGCCCUCCGUGUAUAUAAUUUAUCAACAAAUUUAUUUAUUUUUGUUUUUUUUAUACACGUGCGAAAGGUGUUAGUCUUGUGGUAAUUUUUCAUCAUUUUUAUUCAUAUAUAUAUAUAUACAUAUAGAUUCUAUUUACGCUUAGUUUUUUUUGUGAAUUUCAUUUUUAUGUAUUAAAUUUAAUCAUUUCGACAUUCCUUGUUGUAUUUGAAGUGAAAUUAGAACUUUUGUGAUUUAGAAAAAUCUCCAUUUAGAAAUUUUGAGAUUUGGAAAAAUCUUUGUCAUUCAAAGUAAUGAAAUCUCUUUGAAUUUUAGUAAUAUAAAGUUUAAUUAUAGAAUUUGUAAUCUUAUUUUAAUUAAAAUACCAACUUAUGAAAUCUUGAUGUUAUUCAAAAUCAUUAGGCCUCGGAUAACUUAAGAUAUGGCUUCUGUGAAUAUUUCAUAAGAAGCCACCCAUACUAAUUCUGAUAAAGUUUGUCUAUUAAUUUUUUUUUUUUUUGUAAUGAUUAACUUGAACAGUAUUUAGAAUUGAAAGGUAGAAUUUUUUUAUAAUUUGAAAAAAAAAAAAAAUCAUUCCAUCAAUUUAAUAAUUAGUCUCAUUCCAUAAAUUUUAAGUGCUGUAUGUUUUGUGUAUGAACACCCCUCUUGAAUAUGGUAAUACUAUCCUCUUUGAUUGAAAUUCCAAGUAAUAUGGAUUAGUCCAUGUGACUAUAGGGUGGUGUUACAUAGAUAUGGAAAGGAAAGUAUAUUUUUGAAAUGUUUUUAAUCGAUUUCAUUAUGAGUUAGCUUUUAGUUGCAUUCCAUUAGUAAAAUAAUAAGAUGUACAUUAAUAAUGCUGUUACAUCUGAAGAUGCUGGGUUGAACCCAUCCGUGACAGACCUUGUAUUUCCACUGUAAUAUCUCAUUACUAAACCAAAUAAAUCUGGAUAAGCCAGGCAUCAAGCAAACCAUACGUCUGACAUUUGAUGGUUCCCGUAGGGCUAACAUAACAGCAAUCUCACCAGUGGAAAUACUGGAACACGCCUUGGGGCUAUUUUGAUCCUAGUUUUUGUCACCAAGAUCCUUGUAAAUUGUAAAAUACAUUUGAACUGUUAAAUGAUCUAUUCUUGAAUUAAAUUUUAUAGAUUUUUGACAUUCGUAAACUAUAAUUAAACAGUAAUAUUGAAAUGUUUUUAGAUUUUUUGGAAAUUCAAAAUUUAAUCUUGUUCCGGUUCAAUUAUUUUGAUUUCUGUACAAAUAAAACUGUCAUAAUUUGAAAUUAGAUUAAAUUAAACUAUAUAAAUCAUAGAAUUUGUAUAUUAUAUAAUUGUAAAAUGUUUGGAUUAUCAAGUGAUUAACUUAAGAAUAAGAUGUUAAUGUACAUUGAUAGAUUGUCAUAGAAUCAUCCUUCACCAUCUUGACAAAACCAAUUCCCAUGAAAUGUUUGGACAUUAAUUUUGUUCAGCACAUUUUAUGUUAUCAUAUUUGUCUGUUAUUUUGCAAUUCUCCUAAAAGUAUUCAGUUAUUGAAAUUAGUGAUUGAUUGUUCACACUUUAUUAGAUCUAACAUAUUCAGAAGGACUACCAUGUCCAUGUAAGGUUAAAUAUCUUGGUGUUCUUGGAAAAGCCAAGCUUUUAUUGGCAGGUUACAGUACACAAAUAUGAACACCACUCAUUGAUAAGUAAAAUUGAGUCUGUUAAAAUUUAUUAUAGGAAAGAAAAUGAAUUGAAAAAUGUCUGAUUUUAAUCUAAUUGGGAAAAGGGUUUGGUUUUGUCAAGAAGGGUAAUAUAUUUUAGUAUUAGUUAUUAUAGGUGUAGAGAUUUUUUGCUUGCCACACAAACUAACUUUUAUAUCGGAGGGAUCCUUUCCACGUAUAUUUUAUAAAUUGUUAAAAUCUUUUUAUAAAUAUGUCAAAUUAAUUGACAAUAAAAAAUCUCCCUUCUA